AUGACGAGCUCCCAGACUCCUAGCGGAGAAGUGGCUACGUCGACGGGAAUCAAGGUGGUGAUUGUUGGCGCAGGAUUUGGCGGAUUAACGGCUGCAAUCGAAUGUCAUCGCCAAGGACAUACCGUGGAGAUAUACGAAUCAUUCCCAGAGCUGAAAUCACUCGGCGAUAUUAUCUCCUUCGGGCCAAAUGCAGGCAGAAUCUUCAGCCGUUGGUCUGACGGUGCCAUCGCAGAGCGACUGAGGCCUCUGAGUAUCAACCUAGAAACCCACGGCUUCAAGAUCCACAAGUGGACGGGUGAGCUUAUGCACACACAGCUGCCACAUGAAUAUGAUCCAGAAGCCCCAGUUUUCAAUGGUCAUCGCGGUGAAUUGCACACAAUUAUUUUCAAUUAUGCCAAAGAUGACCUGGGUAUUCCUAUUCACCUUGGUCAUAAGGCUGUAGAGUAUUUUGAGAAUGAGAACCAAGCUGGUAUCAUUCUUGAAAAUGGAACUAAGGUUACUGCAGAUCUCGUCAUUGGGGCAGAUGGUGUACGCUCCAAGGCGCGCGAGCUAGUCCUGGGCUAUGUUGACAAGCCAAAGUCAAGUGGUUAUGCAAUUUUCAGAGCUUGGUUCUCAAACGAGGACAUGAUUCGCGAUCCACGCACUAAACAAUUCUGCGAGAAUGGCGAUACCUUUAACGGAUGGAUUGGGCCUGAUGUGCACUUUCUCUUCUCCACCAUCAAGAAUGGACAAGACUGCUGUUGGGUUCUGACACACAAGGAUGAAGCCGAUAUUGCAGAAUCCUGGUCACUUCCCGGUAAAUUGGAGGAUGUGUACAAGGUAAUUGACGGCUGGGAUCCGAUUGUCAAAGCUAUUGUCGAGAAGACACCCUCACUUGUCGACUGGAAAUUGGUGUACCGGGAUCCAUUGCCUCGGUGGGUGAGUGACCAUGGGCGUAUUGCGUUGCUCGGAGACUCGGCGCAUCCUUUCCUACCUACGUCCGCACAGGGAGCGACGCAAGCGAUGGAAGAUGGGGUUGUACUUGCAGUGUGCUUGAAAGAAGGCGGGAAGGACAGUGUGCCUGAUGCUGUGCGAGCUUAUCAAGAUAUCCGGUACGAACGUGUGAAGGCUGUUCAGAAGACUGGAGAGACCACUCGUGAUAUGUGGCAUAAGGCAGACUGGGAUCAGGUCAAGAAGGACCCCGCAUCAAUUCAACUUCCCCGUGAAGAUUGGAUCUUUCGAUUUGAUGCGGAAAGUAAUGCGAGGGAAUCAUUUGAGUCGGCAUUGCAGAGGGUGCAGGAGGUAAAUUAG